CUCACUUACACAACCACCAUGUCUCACACCGUCGACAUCCCGGAUGAGCUCAAGACAUCGCUUCGAAAGUUCAGAUUUGCUCGCCGAAAUGCAGGCAGUGCUGCCUUAGUCGUCAAGAUCAAUAAGCAGAAGCUCAUCAUGGAAGAGGUCGAGCAGUUCGACAACAUCUCCCUCGAAGACCUCGCCGAAGAGCUUCCAGAGAACUCGCCCCGAUAUGUCGUUCUCUCAUAUGAGCUCCAUCACUCUGACGGCCGCAAGUCCUUCCCCCUCGUACUCGUCAACUGGUCUCCAACUACGAGCGAAACCGGCAUGCUUACGCUCCAUGCAAGUGCUCUAUUGGAGUUUCAAACUGUUGCGGACGUCAGCAAGGUUCUCGAAGUACGUGAAGGUGCAGAGGGCCUCACGAAGGAGAUACUUGACACCAAGUUUGGUGCAACGUGAUCGUAUGAUGAAUGUCAACAACGCUGGAUCUGGUCGGUGUAUAAAUAGCUGUAGUAUAUGGCCUAUGCGGAACAAGGGAGGAAUAAUCAAGGAAAUUGACG